UUCGCUCGUUUUAUGAACGUCGAUGAACUCCCGGAACGUUCGUAGUUUCGCUCCAAUUAUAGGAUUGGUUCGUCGGUCAUGCUACAAUAGUACUCGCAGAAAUAUACUGUUGGAUAACAAGACUAAAUUGAUAUGUCAAGGGUUUACUGGGAAACAAGGAACUUUUCAUUCUCAGCAAACUCUUGCUUAUGGCACGAAACUUGUGGGUGGAGUUUCACCUGGUAAAGGAGGCAGUUCCCACCUUGGAUUACCUGUUUUCAACACUGUGAACGAGGCUAAGGAAGCUACAGGUGCAACAGCCACUGUUAUUUACGUGCCGCCACCUCAUGCUGCCGCUGCUAUCCAUGAAGCUAUUGAUGCACAGAUUCCUCUUAUUGUCUGUAUAACCGAAGGUAUCCCACAACAUGAUAUGAUACGUGUACGAAAGCGUCUUUCUGAACAGUCUGCCUCGAGAUUAAUUGGACCAAAUUGUCCAGGAAUAAUAAAACCGGACGUAUGCAAAAUUGGUAUUAUGCCUGCACAUAUUCAUAAACCAGGAACGGUAGGAAUAGUAUCCAGAUCGGGGACAUUAACUUACGAAGCUGUCUUUCAAACUACACAGGUUGGUCUUGGUCAAUCCCUGUGUAUUGGAAUCGGUGGCGAUCCAUUUAAUGGAACAAACUUCACCGACUGUCUUGAGGUGUUUUUAAACGAUCCUAAUACAAAAUCAAUAAUCCUGCUUGGCGAAAUCGGUGGUGACUCAGAAGAACAAGCUGCCGAAUUCUUAAAAGAGCAUAAUACUGGUCCAAACCGCAAACCAGUUGUAUCUUUUAUUGCCGGUGUUACAGCGCCACCUGGACGUCGUAUGGGUCAUGCUGGAGCUAUCAUUUCGCUAGGUAAAGGUGGUGCUAAAGAGAAAAUGGCAGCUUUAGAAAGUGCAGGUGUUGUUGUCACACCUUCCCCAGCUCAAAUAGGUAAAACUCUCUUGCAAUUCCUGAUAGCACACUUGUACACUACUGAAUCAAAUAGUUCCAUUCAAUUCACAAUUUCUCAGCCGACAAAUUUGUCGAUUUAACAACAAAAUUCUAAACAAGCUAAUAAAAAAGUUAUACUGAAACUGAUAAGACAAAAUCCAAUUUGCCAUUCACGUUAAUACAAUUAGCAAAGUUUUUUUUUAAAUCAAAUAUAAUUGUUGAAAUUGACUUACACCAACUUUUUCCUCAUUUGUCAUGUCUUCUAAUCAAUUAUGGUUGUUUGAGUCAUAGCGAUUUUCAAACUUCUUGUUUCUUUACUGUAUAGUAAGUAUAACUUCUAACAAAAUAAGUCCAUACAACUGCUCAACUAAAUGAUAUAUCCGUAUGGGUCAUUGAGUUUUUCUUUGUGUUAUAAUGCACGUGAACCCAGUCAGUCAAUAGAAACAAAAAGCCUAAGACAAAAUUUGUUUUGGUCCAAUUUGUCACAGAUCCCAUGAUCAUAAAAUAACAUGCAUCUUAUGAUACUACUAUCACCAUCGGUUACCAUGAAAAUACUUCUGACGUUCCUGCAAUCACUCGAUGAUUGUGUCCUUUCAAAAGAAUUACCG